UUCUUUUUUCAUUUUACAGUCUCGUUCAAUCACUUCACUCACUGAGCUGACAGUUGCUCUUCGUUGUGCCAUUGUCUCUAUCAUUAAAUCCGGAGAAGAACAACAAACCAAACCACUGCUGCCUCAUUCCAACCACUACCUAAUACAGGAUGGAGCAAUAUUCAAUUCUCUUAUUAUGUCUUGCCUCCAGUUUGUUUGUCAGACAUUAGAGCAUCACUUACCAUUGCCUCCUUCAUCUUCUACCAAGUUUUCACUACCAUCUACUAACAAGAAGUGGGGGCGUUUGCGCUUGGUCAUCAAAUCUUAUCUCGUUGAUAUUAUCCAAUUGCUUGUAGGUGUCACGGACUCCACCAUGGUCUGUGCUUUAUUGCGUCAUGUUGAGGGUCUCUGGAUAUAUUACUGCUGCUUCCCAAAGCUCUCCAGACUCCUUUGCAAGCAUCUCAUUAAAAUAUGGAGCCAUGGAGGGAGUCCUGGUGAAGAUGGAACGACCGUACUCUCUUUUCUUAUUCUAAGGAAAAUAUUCAUCAGUAUGAACUACCAUAAGCAAGAAGAUCUUUUGAAGUCCCUUUAUCUUGCCUAUAUAAGGAACAGUAAAUAUACAAAUGUUAAAACCAUAUCUCACAUUCGGUUCAUGUGCGGCUGCCUCAUUGAUUUCCUCUCCCUCUCUCCUGACCACGCCUACCAAUUAAUAUUCAUAUACACGAGACAGUUAGCGAAUCAACUCCGGAGUGCAUUCGAUAACAAAACUGUCGCUGUUGCUACUUGGCCUUUUAUGCAUUCUCUCGAGCUAUUCACUUCUGUUCUCUCAUCCUCAAACUGUCACGAGUCCCUCUCUCCUUUAAUUUAUCCCGUUACCAUGGUAGCAAUGGGCGUCGCCCAGUUCCUUUCUACUUUUUCGUCGGCUUUUGUUCCGGCUAGACUCCAUGUUGUGAGGAUGCUUGUCGAAGUUGCCAUGGAAACCAACACGUACAUUCCUUUAGCCCCGAUAAUUCUUGAAAUAUUAGAGAGUAGUUCUUCUGGUAAAGUGGGUGGAGCUAGGGGCGGAGCUAAGGGAGGAGUGGGGAAGUCCCCUAGUCUGUUGUGCACUCUAAAGUUAAAGAAAAACCAAAUUGGAAGCAAAACAACACAAAGUUCGAUACUAAAUUGGUGUAUGGAGCUGUUAAUUAAACUCUUAUCCGGUCAAUCUCAUCUCAUCAGUUACCCGGAGAUGUCGUUCCCAACCAUAGCUAGGCUACGGAAGAUAAUGAAGUCUUCGUCCAUCAGUUGGUUUAAGCAUCACAUCAAACAAAUAAUUGAAAAAAGUGAAGAGACUAGUAAGCUGUUAAUGAAGGAGAGAAGUGAAGUAACAUUUUCUCCUAAAGACAAAGACCAAGUCGAGUGCUGGGAGAGAGAGCGUAAAGCUGAAAAGAACCCGUUAAAGAGCUUUUAUGAGACGUGGGUCGCUGUACAGAAGCAGUUAGAAGAGGAAGAAAAACAGGAGGAAGGGGAGGAGGAGGAGGAGGAGGUAGAUGAAUCAGAAGAAGAGGACGUACAAGUAGGGGAAGGGAAUAAAAAGAAGAGAAAAGGAAAGCAGGUUAAUUCUAAAAAUAAAAGACAGGAAUUGAGCAGCUGCAGUAGUAGUAAUAGUGAUGAUGAAGAGAGAGACAGAAUUGAGGAGUUUGAACUAUCGUCUAACGAUGAUGAUAGUGACUAAGUAAUUGUUUUCACGUAUUAUAAUUAUUCAAUGAGAAAAAGAUA